GACCAAAUCAAAGGUAAGAAGUCGUCCGUUGCUUUACAGUAUCGGAUUCUCCGCUCCCAUACAAAUCUAACUGGCUCUCUUCCGGACAAGAUCGACAGACCCAAGCAAAGAUUCUGGCAAAGCGAAUGGCUAAGACCAUCUCCUACAUAACUGGCUCUCAACUCCUCUCCCUUAAUCCCCAUCCCAAUAUUGCCAUCAUAGAUGUCAGGGACGAUGAAAGGAGUUAUGAUGGGCAUAUAGCUGGGUCUUUGCACUAUGCCAGUGACACUUUCACUAAUAAGAUCUCCAAUCUUAUUCAAGAUGUCAAAGGAAAAGAUACUCUUGUUUUCCAUUGUGCCUUAAGCCAGGUUCGUGGCCCAACUUGUGCACGGAGGUUUGCCAAUUAUCUAGAGGAAAUGAAGGAAGAUGUCGGAAUCAAGAACAUUUUGGUUUUGGAGCGCGGCUUCAAUGGCUGGGAAGCUUCUGGUAGACCUGUUUGUCGCUGCACUGAUGUCCCUUGCAAGGGCGAGUGUGCUUAGUCAUCUACUAGAACUCAUUCUGGCCAAGAAGGAAGCAAAAGCAUAUCAUCUUAUUAUUACCAACCAUUUACCCAUUUACACUCUCUGCUUGAAAACAUCUGAAUGAUGAUGUCUAAUGUAUACUUCAAUGGAGAUAUAAUGUGCAAAUAUAUUACUGCUUUGGUUUCUACCAAAACUUGGAUUCCCUUUAA